AUGGGCAAAUGGAACUCCAGCAGUGUGUCUGACUUCAUCCUCCUGGGGCUGGUGGAUUCUGAAGAGAUGCAGCUGAUCCUCUUCCUGCUCUUCCUCCUCAUCUACCUGGUCACGGUGCUGGGGAAUGCAGGGAUGAUAGUGAUCAUUUGCCUGGAUCCCCAGCUUCACACCCCCAUGUACUUUUUCCUGACUCACCUGUCAUUUCUGGACCUCAGUUACUCAACUGUCAUCACUCCUAGAACCUUACAGAACUUACUGACUUCCACCAAGGACAUCUCUUUUCUAGAGUGCUUCACUCAGUUGUACUUUUUUAUACUCUGUGGUGCAGCUGAAUGCAUUCUUCUCUCCUCCUCCAUGGCCUAUGACCGCUAUGCAGCAAUCUGCAGCCCUCUACACUAUCCAGUCAUUAUGUCCACAACACUGUGCCGCAUCCUGCUGGCUGGCUCUUAUAUUAGUGGCUUUAUGGAUUCCACUGUUGUGGUGGUUUAUAUGAGCAGGCUGCAUUUCUGUGGCUCUCAUGUCAUCCAUCAUUUUUUCUGUGACACAUCCCCAAUUUUAGUCCUGUCUUGCAGUGACACUUACGCGGUUGAAAUUAUUAUUUUCAUUUUUGGUGGAUCUACCCUCCUAGUGUCCCUCAUCACCAUAUCUGGAUCCUAUAUGUCCAUUCUCUCCACUAUCCUGAAAAUUAAUUCCACUGCUGGAAAGAGAAAAGCCUUCUCUAUCUGUGCCUCUCAUUUCCUGGGAGUCACCAUCUUUUACAGCACUACAAUCUUUGCUUACUUAAAACCAAAGGAGUCCUACUCCUUGGGAAAGGAUCAGAUAGCUUCUGUGUUUUACACAGUUGUGAUCCCCAUGCUGAAUCCUCUCAUCUACACUCUCAGAAACAGAGAAGUAAUAAGCGCUGUUGUUAGAAUUAUGCAGAAGAGAGAGGGCUUGAGGCAAUUAAACUAA